GAAGAAGAAGAUUGGUCAAUUGUCAUAUGCUACCUCUGUAUAAUUUGUAAAUAUUUGUAUUUAUUGAUUGAAUAUUUAUUCAAAUCUGUUACGUCUUGCCGUGAAUUGAUGAGUAGUAAAAAAUAACUUUUCAUCUUCCAAAAAAAUCUCACCUUAACCUUGUACAACCUUAGUUAUCCAAUUUUUGUUACCAAUUUUCGAUACGCACUUUGUUCAGCAAUGGAUGACGAUAUCUUGACAACUCUAAAAAUUCUAAUAAUUGGCGAAAGUGGCGUGGGAAAGUCUAGCCUUUUACUUAGAUUUACAGAAGAUAACUUUGAUCCCGAACAAACCUUAACGAUAGGUGUCGACUUCAAAACAAAAAAGCUCAACAUCGAUGGAAAUACUGUUAAACUAGCUAUUUGGGAUACUGCUGGACAGGAACGGUUCAGAACGCUGACACCCUCUUAUUACAGAGACGCUCAGGGAGCUAUCUUAGUCUUCGAUGUCAGCAGUUACGCUACUUUUGCCAAAUUAGAGACGUGGCUAAGCGAACUAGAAACAUACUCAACCAAAAGUAAUAUCAUAAAGAUGAUAGUCGGUAACAAAAUUGAUGUGGACAAGCGGGAGGUUUCUAGGGACGAAGCCAUGAAAUUUGCUAGAAGACACCAAACUUUGUAUAUUGAAGCUAGUGCAAAAACAAAAGACGGGGUACAGUCUGCAUUUGAGGAAUUAGUAUACAAGAUAAUCCAAACACCCAGGCUGUGGGAGUCAUAUGCAAGCGAUAAUAUUCACAUUGGCAACAAGAAUCAAACGACGCAAUCUGGUUGUGCCAGCUACUGUACUUUAGUUUGAUAGGUCAGGUUGAGCAUAUUGAGGAAGAGUUCUAACAAAGUGGUUUGGCGGGUUCAACAAAGUAAAUGUGGGUAGUAUAUUUUAAGUCAAAUUGAUAAAGUAAUCUCUAUAUUCAAGAGGUACCCUGGUUACAAAAUAGUACUACAGUUUUUCAUUAUAAAACCAUUAAGUCCAUGAAAUAUAGUGAGGCAGCAAUAGAUAAUAGGUUAUUAUGAAUCUUCAGGCGUUGACAUUGAUUCAAUAAACAAAUUAACAGAGUUUCAAUAUGUAACUGAGGAUAUCAAAUAAAUGUUUCUUUAUAGCUGGCUUGAUUAAUAAAAUAAGUAAAUUUACUCUAGCUACUAGCCACAGCUUGUAUAUAUUUUUAAUAAAACUCUAGAUCAUAUAA